CGCUCUGUGCUCCCCCCAGCCGCGCCCUCCCCACUAGACUUGGUGUCCGUGCAGCUCUGGAUCCGGGGUUGCGGGACCCCAGGCUGCUUGCUGAUGUGUCCUGGCCCAGAGCAGGGCCACGGAGCCCUCGGGUUCACCAGCUUGAGCAAUGGUUUGUACUUAGAACCAUAAAAAGCAGGAGGGAGGAGGAUCUACAAGCAAAACAUCUAUAUUUGGAAGCCUGUUUCAUCCAGCAGCUCUCAGAGACAGCCCCACAGCAGCCUUGGUGCAGACAAGAGGAUGAAAUCGCACUCUCGGUGGGGGACUAAACAUGGAGAUACGCUGCGGCGGCCUCUUGUUCAGUUCCAAAUUUGACUCAGGGAACCUGGCCCAUGUGGAGAAGGUGGAACACCAGGAUGGAGAAGGGGACGUAGCUGGGAACAACAGCAGCAGCAGCAGCACUACUGUGUCUGCGGUGUUUGGCAGCUCCUUGCCCACGGCUGACUAUGAAUUCAAUGUGUGGACCAAGCCCGACUGUGCUGAGACGGAGUAUGAAAAUGGGAACAGAUCCUGGUUUUAUUUCAGUGUGAAGGGAGGCGCUCCAGGCAAGCUGAUCAAAAUCAACAUCGUGAACAUGAACAAGCAGAGCAAACUCUAUUCCCAAGGCAUGUCGCCUUUUGUUAGGACCCUGCCUGUCAGGCCCCGCUGGGAGCGCAUCCGGGAGCGGCCCACCUUCGAGAUGAAAGAGACCCAGUUUGUGCUGUCCUUUGUGCACCGUUUCUUGGAGUCCCGUGGCACCACCACCUACUUUGCCUUCUGUUACCCCUUCUCAUACACGGAGUGCCAGGAGAUGCUGGCCCAGCUGGACAGCCGCUUCGAGGAGUGUCAAUACAUGUCACCCAACAGCACCCUUGACUCCAUCUAUUACCAUCGAGAGCUCCUGUGCCGCUCCCUGGACAAUCUGCGGGUUGACUUGCUCACUGUCACCUCGUGCCAUGGCAUGAGGGAGGAGCGCGAGCCCAGGCUGGACAACCUAUUCCCUGAUGAAGCCACUCCUCGUCCGCAUUGCUUUGCAGGGAAGAGGGUCUUCUUCCUGAGCAGCAGAGUUCACCCAGGGGAAACGCCGUCCAGCUUUGUCUUCAAUGGCUUUCUGGAGUUCAUCCUGCGGGAGGACGAUCCCCGAGCCCAGAUGCUGAGGCGCGUGUUCGUCUUCAAGCUCAUCCCCAUGUUGAACCCAGACGGCGUGGUGCGAGGUCAUUACCGAACUGACGCCCGGGGGGUGAACCUGAACCGCCAGUAUCUGAGCCCUGAUGCAGAGCUGCACCCUGCUGUGUAUGGAGCCAAAGCCGUGCUCCUUUACCAUCACAUCCACAGCCGUGGCCCACCCGGCGCUCCUGACUGGAGGGUACACGCCUCCCCGCUCACCUCCAGCUCGCUAAGCACAAAAUCUUCCAACCAUUCCAUCCGCAACUGCACCCUGGCCCCGGAGGCUUCUCUGUCAGAGCUGGAGAAAGCCAACAACCUCCGCAAUCACCCCAGCACCCAUCUCAUGCUUUCUCAGGACCCCCAGCUGCUGGAAGCACCUGCUGCUGAGCGGGGGAACAAGGACCAAGCUGUGUGGAUCUUGCCUUCGGAGCCCACCGGGGAGCACUGUGAGUGGGAAGCCGAGACCGCCUCGUCAGUGGCUGCCCUGGAAGCCAUCCUGCCCCAGGAGAGCGGGCUGGCGUACUACGUGGAUCUGCACGGGCACGCCUCCAAGCGCGGCUGCUUCAUGUACGGCAACAGCUUCAGCGAGGAGAAUGCUCAGGUGGAGAAUAUGCUGUUCCCAAAACUCAUCUCCUUGAACUCAGCUCACUUUGACUUCAUGGGCUGCAACUUCUCUGAGAAGAACAUGUAUGCCAGAGACAAGAGGGACGGGCAGUCGAAAGAGGGCAGUGGACGAGUGGCUAUCUACAAGGCCUCGGGCAUCAUUCACAGCUACACACUGGAGUGCAACUAUAACACCGGGCGCUCGGUGAACAGCAUCCCCAUGGCCUGCCAUGACAAUGGGCGGGCGAGCCCUCCACCCCCUGCAACCUUCCCCACCAAGUACACUGUGGAGCUGUUUGAGCAGGUUGGGCGGGCGCUGGCCAUCGCGGCGCUGGACAUGGCAGAAUGUAACCCCUGGUCCCGGCUCAUCAUGUCUGAGCACAGCAGCCUCAACAACCUGCGAGCCUGGAUGCUGAAGCAUGUGCGCAACCUGAAGGGCAUGGCUGCGUUCUCCCGCAAGAAGGGCUCUAACGGGCUGCCCGCCUUGAGCUCCGAGAAUGCCCUCUCCCGGUCCAGGAGCUACAGUCAUGGCACCAGUGGGAACAGCGGCAGCCAGCAGAACUCGCCCCAGAUCAAAGCCUCACCCAGCUUCACCUUCAGCUGUAACAGGGCUGGUGGCCCUGCAGGCGGGAGUCAGAGCCCUCAGAAAGGCAGCCCGAGGGUCCUGGCACCAGUGAGAGAGCCCCACGUGCAGGACAAGCGGCACCAGCAGCACCUGACUCUGCUGCGAGCAGCGACCCGCAGCAUCCAGCCACCAGUGCCUCUCCCUCCCUGUGCCAGGCGUCUGUCCCAGCCUCUGCCGCCCGCCAGCCUGCGCCCCUGCUCCCUGCCAGCCUCCCUCAGCAUGUCAGGGACCUCGCCCACGGGCACUAAGGCCAGGGCUCUGGUGGUCACCAGCCAUGGACUUCAGGCAGCAGAGCACGGCCGCGAAGAGCCGAAGACCCCCUAUGGCACAGCACUGGUGCAGAACCUUCCGAAGAGGCUGAGCACCAGGAAAGUCCUAGAACCACCCAGCCUGGGGCCGCUGCGCCCCAGCAGGAUCCCCGUCCGCAAGAAGACAGAAGCAUGCAGCCCAAGUUUGCUGGGACUUGGCACCAAGAGCACCUCAGCCCUCAAGGUCUGGAAAUACACCCACACUGGAGCCCUGGCCCAAAGCAUUCCCAGAGGACACUGCAUCACUCAGCAUGGGGAUGCAGACAACAGAGCCGCUCUUCAUCUGCGACGACCCCGAGGGGCUGCUCAGCGAGCAUCUGCCAAGCCGGGCCCAAGACUCGCCCCCACUCAGCUCCUACCACAAGAUCCUGUCCUUCUGCACAGAAGCCUAAGUGCAGCCACCAGCUCCAGCUGUCACCUGUCUGCACUCACCUGCGUCUCUAGCUGGGUGCCACACCUGCCCCCCAUGCUGCCCUGCUGCAGGGGAAGUCGGGUUGAGCCAAGCAGCAUCCCCACCCUGCCCAGGGCUUGCUCCAGCCUCCCCUUGCAAACCAAAGCGUGUUAUGGAGGGAGAGGCUCCUGCUCGCCCUGCAGGGUCCCCUUGCCCAGUUCCCACAGAGCCAUUGCUGGAGCAGCCAGGGCUCUGCAGAACACACAGCCUGUGGAGAGGGGGACACUGCUGGGCUCCCCAGCUAGUCCCAGAGCUCUGUGCGAAUCCCCGCUAACCUCCAGCCAUGGCCAUGUGGAGGACACUCGGUGCAGCCAGCUGGCUGAUUUGGGUCACAAGCUUAGAGGUGCCAACAGCAGCCAUGGUGCCAGGGGCUGGAGGUGGGGUUGAUGCCCGGGGAGCAGCUGCAGACACCAUCACUCUGUGUCUCCCUGGACAGUGGAGAGGGUUGGGCAGGGUAGGCCCUGGGUCAGGCUGCUGCACUCGCCCCUAUGCUGGGGUGCAGGAGAAUCAACCCAGGGCAAAGGGCUUUCUAGCAGGGGGCCAACUGGUGCCAGGGAAGCCCAAGAGGCCCAGCCCUUCUCCCCUUCCACUAAGCCAGAACUCCCAUGGUGUGUCUCAGAACCCGGCCCAUGGGCAGCCCCCUGAUGCCACAGCGAGCCUGGGUGGCUGUCUCUCCUCACAGUAGCUUGGCCCCUGCCCCACACCAAGCAGGGCUGUGGAGGCAACUUGAGGGAGCGUCUGUGGGCAUCUCCUCGGGCAGAGUACAGUGUCAGCAGCACCUCAGUGGGCUCCAGGGUCCCAGGCCGAGUAUCUCCAGCUGGGGCUCUCCCCAACACACCCCACGGGAAGAGCUUGUAACCUGGUCAGGCUCUUGCAAAGGCUGCUUCAUGAGCACGACCAAGUCAGGCCGCAGAGCAGCAGGUCGGCUCCCAUCCCCUGGCCAGCCCCUCCGGGUGGGCAGGAUCAGGGCUGGAGCAGCCCUGCAGCCAGCCCCCAAGGCAGAGCCUUUCUCCUGCUGCUGCAGUCGGGCGCUGCCUCCCACUCAGCCCAGCCACUCCAGAGUUGUUCAGGGGUUUGAAGCUAUUUUUAUGAGAUAGGGUUUGUCUUGUAACGUGUUUCUAUUAAAGUCUGUUUGG